GAAUUUUUUUUCGUUCAAGAUUAAUUGUGGUUUAUUCAUAUUUUAACAAAAAUAAAUAUUUUUUUAUUUUAAUAUUAUUAUUGUGACCGCAGGCAAAAUUGCCAUGUAUGUCGUGAGACAUCCAUAAAUAUUCAAGAAAAAAUGAAACCCAGUGGGGAUUAGAGUUGUAGGUGCGAAAACAAUGUCAACAAAGCAUAAUAUCAUCACUUUCCUCCUGUUGUUACUUCUAAUUUCUUCUCCUCGAACUCUAUUCUGCGUCUCCACCACCAACUCCCCUCCCACCGUAUGCAUCGUUGGCAGCGGCAUCGCGGGUUCCUCCGUCGCCCACUUCCUGCGCCGCUACUCUACCCCGGCUCUAUCUGAUGAAAUCCAGAUCCGGAUUUUUGAGCGAUCCGGCGUAGUAGGGGGCCGCAUGGCGACUGUUUCUGUUGCCGGCGAUACCUUCGAGGCGGGUGCUUCGAUCCUGCACUCGAAGAACUACCACGCGGUCAACUUCACCCAACUUGUGGGUUUGAAGAUGAAAAGGCCGCCUAAGUCGGAGGACUCCAUGUCCAUUGGGAUUUGGGACGGAAAUAGGUUUGUCUUCAGGACUCUUCAAGUGAACUCGAAGUCUCCAUUAGUGCAGAAGAUUGUAUCCUUUGCCAAUUCUAUAUACCUGUUUAUCCGGUAUGGGUCAUCUCUUCUCAAAAUGGAGAGAUUCGUUGAGAGUGCUGUAGAUAGGUUCUUAAAGUACUAUGAAGACUUUGAUACAAGACCUGUUUUUGAGACUGUGGAAGAGAUGCUUAAAUGGGCUGGUUUGUUCAAUCUCACAACUCGGACUUUGCAGGAUGAACUGAUUGAUGCCAAGCUGUCUGUUUCACUGAUAGACGAGCUUGUUACUGUAAGAUAUCCAACAAGGAUUUUUUUGGAUUGUACUUUAUCUUUCACAUUUUCUUUGAUGCGUAUGUGUUUAGUACUUCAACAAUGUUCCUUCUUGGAGAAAACUUAACAGAAAUGGGUUCCCUUACCUAGAUUUCUCUGUCCACCAAAGAAGAGAAGGAUUAUGAGGGAGGGAAAUAUAUUAAGAAAUGGAAAGAUAAAGUGGAGAUAAUGGGCAAGAUCAAAUGACCAGGAAGAAAGUAGUCAAUGCCAUUAAGCUAUGAUGAACUUUUUAGUUUUUGGCUGCCAACUUUGAAUUGCAUGUUUUCCCUUUCUUUUAUACAUAUUAGACCAUGAUGAACGUUUUUAUUUAUGGCUACCAACAGUCAAUUACGUGUUUUCACUCACCUAGUAAGCUUCAAUGCCGUUAAAUCUUUGCACAUGUCAAUGUGGAAUAUUAUGAAUAAAUAUGUUGUGUUUUGUUUAUAUUGGUUUCUGAGAUAAUUUGCAACAGACCUAGCUAUGUAUUGUGUAGUAUGUUUGUUAUUUAAGGUCUUAUUCUUCUAUGCAAUGUGGUUUUUGCUUUAGUAGAAUCCAGUAUGGUGGAUUUAGUGGAAUAAAUACAAUUUAAAUGCCUCUGAAAUAUACAUGAAUCUUCUUCAAGUUGCUUUUACCUAUUGAAAUGGCCUAGUUUUCAUUUAAAAUUAAUUCCCCCAUAUUGU